AUGAAGACCCACGUACCGCCAAACCUUGAAUAUCCAUCAUUCACCGCAAAUCCGGAAAGAAAUAGAUACAAGGACGUUGUGUGCAUUGAGCCCACGCAAAUCACUGUCACCCUGCUGUCUCCUCCUGAAGCCACGAUUGGUGAUCACUGGCGAUUUGUGCAUCAAGAAGGUGUUAUCGUGAUUGCAGUAUUAUGUCAGUUUGUCGAAGGAGGAAAAGCUAAAUGCACUCAAUAUUGGCCAAUGAAACAAGAUGAAUUCGUGAAUCAUGGAAAGAAAUAUGCGCAAGGCGCAAUAAUGGCACACUACUCAGCAGGAGUCGGUCGAACGGGUUCGGUUAUGGCCGUUAAUUGCGUUAUCACCAGGCUUUUGAAGGGAAGAGAAACGAGAUUGGUGGAUGUGUUCAAAGAUUUUCCCGCUCAACGUGCAUCUUCUGUCCAGACUGAAACACAAUAUGUUUUG